AUGGAUGAAAUCUUGGAAGAACUGGCAGCCCGAUACGCGUCCUUGGGCAUCCACGACGACACCCAGAUGAAAAUCGACAACCUGAUCGCCCGCUAUUUGUACCCUCGAGUUCCGGAACACCUCAUUGAAUGGGCCCAUGCAUAUUGGAUGGACUUUUUGGAGGCUAUCUCGAUCAUACUGCAAAUGUGUCUAUCGCAGAUUUUCAAUGAUGCUUACUUGCGCUCCGGGAUUACGGAGGAACAGGAGGAGAGAAAUCCUGUGGUGGAAUGA